GUGUUACUACUGAUUAGAGGCGCGCGUAGAGGAAAACCUUUUCCCUGUGUCUCUUCAUCUCUCUCUUUUUGUGGUUUGCAGAAAACAGCGAAAGCAACCAUGGCGGAACAAAGCAACGGGGAAGUUCUAAUGCUGGAAGCGCCACCGUCUUACGGUAAACCUACCAGCUCGGACGCCGAAAUUAUCGACGCAUUGCCUUACAUCGACGACGACUACGCCGACCCCAGAGUCAAACUCGAGGUUGACCGUCUUGUCGAGGAUGAGAUGCGCCGCAGCUCUAAGAAACCCACAGAUUUCCUCAAAGAUUUCCCUCCUCUUCCCAGCUCCAAUUUCGAGAACUACCCGAUGAUUGCAAGAGAGUACGAACGCGUGAGAGCUGGAAGGCCUCCCGUUGCUCUUGAUAGGUCGCGCUACGAAUUGGAAAUGCCGCCGGCGAAUAAAAGGAACGAUGAAACUGCUUGGAAGCAGGCUCUUCUUAGGGCUCAACGCCUACUGCAGUACCAGAUGAUGAGGAUGGAAAAUUUGGAUUUGAUGUUAAAAUACGGCCCUGAUACAUGGAAACUACACAACCAGCGAUUGGAAGUAUACUUAUCAAGAAUGCAGAAAUUAGCACAAGAACAAAAUGAAAAGAUUGAAAAAGUAAAUCGUGAAAGGAAAUAUCAUCAGCAAAACACUGCAUAUGAGCUUAAUGCAUUGUCCAUGCAAUGGAAGGAACUCUGUCAUAAGAAUAUAGAUAUCAAUGCUGCUUGUGCUUCAGUUGUAAACAGCAUAAAUGAACUGAAAAGUGAAGCAGCAGAAAGAGGCUGGAACUUGGAAGCUAUGACAGAAAAUGGUCAACUGGCGAAUUCCGAAUUAUGAGAUUCGUAUGUCCUCAUCUAGUUAUGUAUCUGUAAGGAAUUUGUUCAGCUCUAAACUUGACUUUAACUGUUAUUGUACCUUUUAACGUUUAGUUCGAUAUUAUGAAAAAGUUACACACGCUCUCACCCCAAAACGAUAAUGAUGAAAUGUUUUUAUAAAGGAAACCUGUGUUUUUUUUGGGGCUUCAA